UUCCUCUCAAAGCGAAACAUUAAAAGCAAACCGGGAUUUUUCUGUGGCUUCUUUGGUGACAGCCACUCCUCAGAGCCACAGAACGAGCUCUUCUCUGUUCUCGACAGUACUGCAUCCUCCGGCUUCUCCUCCGGACUGCAGGAAGUCAUCGGCUCUGCCCUCUGUCUUAGUGGUGUUGCCAGGCUGGUUGGAUAUCGAACCAUUGACUACUACUCCCACUUCAAGGACCUUGAGUCCGCCGAUCCAAAGAUCAAGAAUAUCCGUCAGACUGAACUUUUAGUCAACUUGCGACAAGCUAUUCUUGCG